AUGCUGCUCCCACUCAAGCCCCUCAUAGCAGCACUCGCCUUGACCGGCACCGCAGUCGUCCAAGCCGCCCCCCUCUUCGACUCCGUCACCGCCUUCCUCACCCACCUCACCACCAACCCUCCCAACGCCGCCCAACACUUGGACCUGAAAACCCCCAGCUCCGACCCGACCGGUCUCAACACCAUCUCCACCCUUUCUUCGUCUGCCCAAUCGGUCCUCCAGAAGAACCAAGCCUACCUGCUUCUCAUCAACGCCACGCCCUUCACUCUGCGCAGGACAGGCGGGCAUUCCUACCAGAUGCCCGCGUGGGAUAACUCCUUUCCUGAUCUCGUGCAACCAGGAGAGAGCGUACGCGUCUACAUCGAAGCCAAGACGCACAAGGAUGACGCAGCGGAGAUGAGGUAUGUCGUUGACGAACUGGGCGGAAGGGAAGUCGAGUUCCAGUACCGCGGCCGGGACGGUCCCGUGCUACAGGUAGCGUGGAAGAGUUUGGCGGCCGUGAAUAACCCCGUUGGCUCGGUGCGGAAGUUGGUUUGGCAUCAGGGGAAUAACGUUCCUUUUGUGUUGGCUGCUGCGCCGUCGGCUGAGAACACGAACUUCGAUCCGGCUAAAGAGUUGAUGGCUAGCCCGGGCUUGCCGACGGCGGGGUGGAUGAAGCAGGGUGGAAUGUCGUUGCUUACAGGCGGUACGCCCCUGGUGAAGGCCAGGCCGGAGUCGGUGCAGUGCCAUGCUAGUCAGAUGACGGUGGGCAAGCAGCUGGAGGCGGGAGCAAGGUGGUUUGAUGUGCGCCCGGUGAUUGCGGGCGGGAAGUGGGCGACGGGGCAUUAUACGUUUUUCAACGGGAUCAAGUUGCCGGGGGGAUUGGAUAAGAUUCCGGGGUUGGGUGAUUUGGCCAAGGAGAUUGGGAAGUUGGGCGGGGGAGAUAAGGAGAUGGUGUUGGAAGGGUGGCAGGGCGGGAAUGGGCAGUAUAUUGCGGAUAUCGUGAGGGAGGUGAACGAGUUCACGGAACAGAACCCGGGGGAAUUGGUGGUGAUUAACCUCAGUCAUGGCCUCAACACGGAUACCUUUUCCCGUGACCCUAAUGCCCAUCUUAGCCAGCAGGAGUGGGAGAAGCUGAUGACGCAGCUGCUGGCUGUCAAGAACCGGGCCACGCACAUCACCCAGCCUAACAUCGACCUUACUUACCUUUCUCUCUCCGAUCUGCUCCCGCCUUCCGAUAAUGGUGAUGCCUCCCGCCGCGGUUCGGCUGUUCUCUUGGUCGUCGACGACAUCACCUCGGACAACAACCAACGCGUCGAUCUCUCCAAGUUUGCCAACCAGGGCUUCUUCUUCCGCGGCCAGCUCGCCAUCUUUGACUCGUAUGCCGACACCAACAACCUGAACGACAUGAUCAGCGACCAGUUCGCCAAGAUGCAGACGCAUCGCACCAAGGCGGAUGAUGCCAUGUUUUUGCUGAGCUGGACGCUGACGCAGCCGCCCGAGACUACGAUCAUCGGGAGUAUCGUCAAGUAUGCUCAAGAUGCCAACAUGGCGUUGGGAGAGAAGCUGUGGGCGCAGGGCCGAAUGACGAGGCAGACGUAUCCGAAUGUGGUGAGUGUUGAUGCCUUUGACGGCGAUGGGGAGGUUGCUGGGUUGGUGGCAGCCAUCAAUUGGUGGUUGACGGGGGAGUGUCCUGCGUUGUAGGUUCGUGGAGGAGGAAUUGAUUGGUAAUACAACUUGAUACAGAAACCGUGACACGAGCCAGGAAGAAACGAGGUAUGUGAUUGAGAUGAUCUUUAGU